UCAAGAUCUCAGUUUGGCUAGUGCCCGCGGAGCGUGAGGGUGUCUCGUCUUCCGCUUCUGGCUUCCGUGACUCGAGGCGCCUCUGUGGUGUUCGUGUACCUUCAGAGACGAGGGACAUUAUCAGCAUUUCGAAGGCAUCACCAAGUUCGUGAACACGCGAUAUAUUUGUUAAUCGUCUGGUGUUCCGCUCAAGCCGAUAGAGGAACGGAGGGACUUUAAAACUCUGGAUUUUAGUGACAUAAAAGGGCAUUUGCAAGUGUGGUUAGUGGUGCCCGUGCGGUUACUGGCUGGAGGAACCGUUGUAACCAAACCGUUGACCACUAGUGGUUAACGAAACCCAGUGGUACACGCACUCAUCAGGGGCGCAUAUCGACUACCUUCAAACUCUCCAGAAUUAUUAUUAGAGGAAAUGAUACAUGAACUUAUUUAGUAAAUCAAGAGACCUAAGCGAAGAUGGCGUUCAGAAAUUAUAAAUGGUUGUUGUGGUGUGUUGUGGUAGCCAGUGUGGGACUCACCACCUCAGCCUCGACGGUGGUCCUCCGCGACAACGGCUACCUGGGCGUGGUGGUGGCACUCGAAGACAACCUAUCAGUCUCCCUCUGCCAGGAACUUCUACAGGGCCUUCAAGAGGUGGUUGGCUCUGCAUCGACUGUGGUGUUUAGUGCCACCCGCGGCCGGGCUCACUUCCGGAGUGUCACUGUGCUAGUGCCGCCCUCCUGGUCCCCGGCGGCGUGUCCCCUGCUGGCCACGCUGCAGAACGCCACCAACGAGACGUGGGAGGCGGCGGACGUGCGGGUGACCCAGGAGAGGCACCCCCACCACGGGCCUCGCCCCUGGACCCUACACACCCGGGGAUGUGGCCAGACCGGAGACUACAUCUCCAUUGGGCACGACUUGCUCAUGCAAAACAAUACCCUGGUGAACGGUCGUCUGUUGGCUCACGAGUGGCUACAAUACCGGUAUGGGGUGUUUGGGGAGAGAGGAGAGGUGGGGAGCCCUGUGUUCCCUCCCCACUACCGUGCCCCCGACGCCUCCUGGAGGCCCAACACCUGUGCCAACGUCAGAAUCGCCGCCAACCCCAGCUGCGACCCAAACAGCCUCUCCUGCUCCUUCACGCCCUCCCAGGAGGAGAACCAGGGUCUCACCAGUUCCUUCAUGGCCUUUCCAGAGUUGUCAACGGUGACUGAACUGUGUGAUGAAGGCAGCCAUGACCGUGACGCCCCAACCCGUCACAAUCUCCUCUGUUCGGGCAAGUCGGCAUGGGAGGUGAUGCGGGCCAGUCCCGACUUCCAAAACAAUAGGAACGUGGAAGGGGGACUGAGUGAGAGUGAGCUGGUGGUGAGAUACGUGCGAGCUCGCCCCCCCAGGAUCAUUCUCCUCAUCGAGGACACCAAUGUUAUGAACGUACAGAAACGCUGGGAUUUCAUGCGCAAGGCUGUGAGGAAGCUGGUGACAUAUGAUGUUCCUGAUGGUUACAGCGUUGGUAUGGUUGUAUUUGACUCUAUUGCAGCCACCAAGUACCCACUGACCACACUCACAGAUGGAGCUACCAGAGAGAAGGUGGGCUCCUCACUGCCCCGCAACCCAUCCCAGGAGGGUGAACACAAGCGGUGUGUCAUGUGUGGCCUGCGUGAGGCCCUUCAACUACUUCAUCAUGAUGGUCCCGGUGGUCAUGUAGUGAUGGUGACAGGUGGAGGUGGGAGUGGCACCCUCAGGGAAUCUGAGGCCACUGAAGCUAUGCACAUGCUGGCAGAUGCCAGAGUGUCACUCCAUGUCAUCAUUUACCCACACACAGAGAAAUACCCAAGACCUAAUGCAGGGUUGGAAUCAUUGGCAAUACGAUCUGGUGGUCACACCUUUAUAGUUCCUGAUGAGGGAAUUGGUGCAGACUCAAAGCUGGGAAUGUACUACAACCUCUUAGAUUCCUUGUACCACACCCUGAGUGCUGUUGCUGGACGUUCUGCUCUUCCAGUUAAGGUUCAUUCAGCUGAACAUCCUGGAGGUAGAGUACCUGUGUCUGAGGGCAGCUUUCUUGUUGACCCAGCUCUGGGUGCAGAUACAGUCUUUGCCAUCUUUUACUAUGAUGUUACUCAUGUUGGUAACCUGAUUCACCUAGUGAGUCCUCAAGGCCAAGUCAUUGACACAGCCAAUAUGCAGAAGGAAGAUGCCAAUAUAAACAUGAUUACCGUACGGCUGGUGGAAGCACAGGUCACACCUGGACUAUGGCGGUAUAAGGUUGCAAAUCGUGCCGACUCUCAUCAGGCUCUCUAUGUGCAGGUCACCUCACGCCCACGCCCACGCCCUGAGACACCCCGCGUUAAUGCGAGGGCUUGGAUAAGUCAUGCCAUGGGACUGGUUAAUGCCACUGAUAUCUCGAGACCUUUAGCUCUCUACACUGAAGUAGUGGCAGGGGUGGCUGGAGUGGAAGGUGCCACUGUCACUGCCAAAAUCAUCAGGCUCGGCUUCACCAACAAUGGCACACAACACACUCCACUUGAUGUCAGCUUGUUCGACAAUGGUUUAACAAGUCCGGACAUGGCGCAAGGUGAUGGUGUGUACUCUCGGUAUGUGCCAGGGUUGGUGGCAGGCAAAUACAGUGUGACUGUGCAUGUUCAUGGCGAGAUUGAAGGCAAUGAGUUUGUGCGCCACGUGCGGUUGGGCAUAGUGGAUGUUAUGGGAAUGCCGCCAGCCCGUGAUGCUCUUCCGCCAUCCCGAGUGGUUGACCUCCGUGCCACUCUCCUCCCAGACACUGUCAACCAGGUGGGCUUUACAUGGACAGCUCCAGGAGGCGACUUGGACUAUGGAACAGCUGACCGCUAUGUUGUGAUGGCAUCACAGAACCAACACGAUUUGGCAGAAGGUGGUGGCACUCUGUUGGAAGGAUGGCCUGCACCGCUGGCCUCCCCUGCAGUGCAGCAGCACACCAUAACCUGGCAGGAGUAUGACACAGUCACCUACCUCACACUAUAUGCUGUAGAUGAGGAGGGUAACACAGCUGUCCUCAGUAACAUCGUUACAGUGUAUGUACCUGCUCCACCCACUACUACUCCAUCUCCCCCAUCUUUAGCACCACCUGUUGCCCCUGCUAACACAUCAGCAGUCAAGGAGGGUUCAGGGGCCCCAGUUUUGGCUGCUCUUGAUAAUCGACAGUUGGCUGUUGUAUUUGGGUGUAUUGGUGGCUUCAUAGUGGUGGUAACAAUAGUUGUUUGCUAUUGUACUGCUGCUCAUCGGCGUCACCGCAAAGCUGCUGCUGCUAAGAAGGUCCAUGAAGCUCCAGAUGCUUAUAGUGUCACUGUCACUGUUGCAUCUAAAGGUACAGAUUUUCCCGAUGCAAAAGAGGCAUCUAAAGAUGGUAUGAAGAAGGAAUAUAUCAGCCCUGUAGAGUCAUGGUCUGCCUCUCAGCUGCUCAGCAGCCACCAAGACAGUAAGCGAGGAAGUGUGUCAGCACGUUCAGAUAACACCUCUGACCACAGUGCCUCCACCAAGAAGAGUUAUGGGGGAUCUUCUGGUGCCAUGGACUACUACGGAGAUGCAAACCAGUACCAGUAUCGCCACUCUGGCUUCCCAGACCACUACCCAACCCCUAGUGAUGGCUAUCCCACUCCCACUGAAGGUUACCCAACUUCUGCUGAAGGCUUCCCAAAUGAAGCAUAUCCUGUACCUCUUGAGACACGUUCCUACAUAAGCUCUCAGCCAUCUGAUUCUUUCCUCUCUGUGUCAUGUGAUCUGCUGCCAUCAUCCAAUGGACCUCCAGCCUAUGCUGCUUACCCCUCUUACGACUCCUCCCUGAGGUCCACCAAAGUGCCACCACCCAUCCCACCCAAACCCAAAGUGCUAUACACUCCAGAGCCUUAUAUAUAUGACACCAACUCCCUCGACCCACACUCCUCUACUCCCUCCGUCGCCUCGGAAAAACGCAUCCGGAAUGUGACCAUGGUGUAAACUGCGUUUAAGAGUUUGACUAUGUCACACCUAAUGGCAUUAUUAAUGAUAGUUAUAUGCUUAAAUACAUUAUGGAUAAUUGAAGCAGUUGUAGCAGUGUGUGCUGGAAAUACACUGAAUCUAGACUGUAAAACACAUUGCUCAUUUAUUUCACUUAUUUUAAAGCCCAAAAGUGCCUUAAGUGUAAAAAAAAAGAUGUCUGACUAAGCUUACUACUUUACACAAGAGUGAUUUUACCCAACUCAAUUACUAUGUGAUAUUCUUGUAGUGAGACCACGCUGUGAGUUGAACAUCAGGUUCAGUGGUUAAAUUAGUUGCAAAUGUGUUUUAAUUUAAACAGCAGAUACAGAAUCAUGUGUGUAUAACAAGACUGCUAACAUGUCCCAUAGCUGAGGAAAUGGGCAAUUGUUAAUGUAAAAGUGCCACUUAUUGGGACUGUAGUAGAUAUGAACUGUGGUGGUGUGGGAGGCAAUGUCAGUGAAAUCCUAGCCACGUUAAAGAGCACAAGAGAUCCUGUGCGUGCUGACGAGAGAAGGUGCCACAUGCAGGACAAACAUAGACUAUGUGGACCUGCAUGAGACGAAGUGCCAAAUUUAGUGGAAGAACACAGGAGGUUGGGAGAGACCGACCGUACAGGAGCAAUGGCACAGUGACACAGUUACUGAACACAUUCCACAAGUCCUCAACGUCUCUAUACACUCUUACAAACUCAAGAAAGACUUUUUAAGUAUUUCAACUUCAGUUAAAUCUUGAUCAGUAUUACAGCAGCCUGUGAAUUCAGUGUUGCACAGCUAUUUACUUGGACCCCCAAGUUCUUAUAGGGAAGGCUCCAGGGGUUCAAGUGGGGGGUUUAGAACACCGUUCUCCUAGUAUGUGUCGGUAGAAUAUUGAUUUGCCUCUAGUCACUCCUGUGCAUUAAAUGACAAGUUUUUUACUAUUUAAUGUUACUUGUAAUUUUUUAUACAACUAUUUUGUGAGAUUUUUGUGCAAUUUUGUAAAUACUGUACAGUGUAUUAAAAUGAUUACAUUUAUUUGAACUUGUAAAUUUCGUUUGUAAAUAAAGUUAAAAGAUUUGAAAAAAAAAAAUCAUUUUUACCCAGA